GAUUGGCUUCGUAGUCGUCCGUCCCUCACUUGCAUCAUGUCUGUUAAGGUUCAGAGCCAAGUUUCUACGAAUCGCUCCGAUUGCGCUCCCUCGCGCAACAAGGUCCGACCGAAUCACGUUACUCGGAGGUAGCAGGGCUCACGUUCUUCGAUGGAAGUGCAGUACAUCAUCGUCGUAGGGUUUAGUGGAUCGGAAUUCCUCGUCGUCACCAUCACCAUCGUCAUCGCCAUCGUGAUCAGUGUGAAUACAUCACGUGGUGGCGUUCAGCUCAUGAAAGCCCUUUCUUCGGCAGUCGACGGAUCAAUGUUUCAUCACAUUCUUUAUGUUUCCAAAUUCAUUGCACGAGCUCGAGCUCGAAGUCGUGCUCAGAAAAGGUUAAAUUCAUAACGACGUCGGAUCUCGAGCUGACUCUUUUCCCCAUUCCAGAAUUCUCAUCAUCCUAAUUCGUAAACUCGUCAAAUCGAUCGCUCGAGCCCCGGAGCCGCAAGGCCGCACUGUUAUGGGGGCCGAUCACGCGGCCUUUCUCUCUAGAGCAUGCCGACAGGACACAAGAACGCCCCGUCCGUCAGAAGAGUUAAGCGCUCGUCGUCUAAUCGAGCUUAAGCUCGGGUUAAGGCCGGGGUUAGGGCCGGAUUUGGCGCCGUGGAGAUGCGUAGGGCGGAAGGGAGGCAUUUAACACUAGGCAGUCAAGUGUGAUUAGCGAGAGCAGUGCUGGAAAAUUGGCGCCAGAGGCAGAGGGGGCCUCCGUCCUGCUCUUGCGGUCCUGUGGUUGGGAAUGUUGGCGUCGUCGAUUGUUUGCGUGCGGAGCGGAUUGUGGCGUGGCGGAAGAGUCCUGGAGUUUGUCGUGGAGUCGAGGGGUGGAGUGAGUGCGUAGCGUUUGUUGGAUGGAAGCGGGAGAAGAGGAGGCAGGCAAUGUCAGAUUCCUCCGAUCCCCUGCCACGGUUGCUCUGGUAGACCCCUGAGGUGGGACGGAUCCGAGCAGCGCGGGCAGGAGCGCAGGAGAGCAGGAGCAGGGCCUUUGUGGACGGACUCCGAUUUCCCGAGUGCCGUGCUCUGCCGCUGCGCUCGGGAAUGUGGAUUUGUUCGUCUUGAGGAGCAGGUUAAGAAUUCGAGAGAUUCUGGCAUCUGGAAGGGGUACGCGGGAUUCGAGUUGUUUGAUUUCUCACGGUGAUCAAUUGAGCAAUUGAGUCUCCAGGCGAGUCUGGUCUGGUUAGUUCCUUCCUCGUUAGGGUUUCAGACGGUAGAAUUGGGUUAGUUGCAGAUUAAUCGAAUCCGAAUUCUGGGCUCACCCGUCUUCCACGCUUCGUAUGGGAAGGCAUCGAAGAUCCACAACAGCGAGCUGUCGGUGCAGAAGCUUUGCGUUGGGUUAUAGCUAGUACUCGUUGGACAAUCAACUCUAAGUCCAUAUUUGAAGAAUGAAGAAUUGAGACUUGCAAUUCCUCGACCAAAAAAAGGAAAUCCUCUUUAGAAUUUACUCGUCUUCCUCCGUUGGUUAGGAGCCAUGGCCGGCAGGAGGCCGUCCGAUUCGUACGUGGUGUCUCCAUCAUCGCAGCCCUUUUCCUCAGUUCCUGCAGAGGUGUUGAAUGAGCCAGAUUGGUCCCGAACGGAUGCGUAUGGUGGGCGACAAGGAUACAAUACCAGUCCACGUUUUGAUUCCUAUCCAUCCGCGUCGACCAGUCAACCCUACCAGAGACAAGAGUCAAGAGGAAACAGUACCUUUUUGAAUGUGCUGAAGGAACGUGUACAAGCCGUGCUUGACGCACAACAAAACUCUUCUCUCAGACACUCCAGCGUUGGGAAUGUUUCGGAACCUUUGGUACCUCAGUUCCACGAGACUCAACACGGUAGUCACCCGGGUGCUGGCGCGACGAUGGUUCCUUCUCUGCGUAACCAGCCCCGAGACCUUCAGAUGCUACCGCUGCAGACCGGGGCUGAACCAGUAGUAGUAGACCGAGGAACGAAUGGCGGACCGAGGCCUGCAUCUUGGGAGGACUUCUAUAGUAUCGACUGGAUGCCGAAGGAGUUUUUUCUCAAAUUUAGGCAGCAAGUUGAGGGUUAUCAACUCGGAGCAAACUUUGAGUUUGAUGGUUUCAAGGUAAAUGGUUGCAACACGAAGAUAGUGUUCAAACCAGCCAAAGCUGACAGAAAGUGGAAGUUUAUCUGCGAGCCAAAGCAUGGUGAUUUUCGACUUCUAACGAAGAAGAUACCCAUUGGUCCUCUUCUCAAUAUUCAGGUUGGUAUUGGUCAUGACUGGAUAAAUCAUACAACUGGCUGGAAGUGGAAGGUUACAACUUCUUUGGGAGGUGAUGGGGCAUCCCAAAUAAGACAUAAAACACUACUGCCCCUCUGUCCUGGGAUUGACUUUCGAGUUGGCUGGAACGCGGAAUAUGUUCUACCAGAUUUGCAUGGAGCAUUGGGCACAGGCGAUCCAAUGGUAGGUUUGAAUCUGGGACAUCUUUAUGCUUCCGUGGAGAGAGUGGAGGCUAUAUAUACUCACAUGACUUGAGGCCAAAGGGAUUACAAUUUGAGUAAAAUCCACUCCAUUCAGAACAUUUUUUCCCAGUAAAGUUCGUGGCUAUCGGACGACUGACAGGUUCUUUCAGAUCUUGACUAGUACCUAAUCUCUUGAACUUUGGGUAUGCGGUAGGCUGCUCGUACUAUCAAGUGCGUAUGUGCAAAUUUCAGGCGUGUGUUGUUGCUCGCAAGUGCAAUUUGUAUAGAAAAGUGCUUUUCAAGAUGCGACGUAGUUGAUUAAAUCUUUUAGAGGCGCAUGUGAUAGUUCUGAACAUGUUGAACAUACACUUGGUAAGUGGGAGAUCCAUGUACAAAUGUUCCACAUAAUGUCUUUGUGUAUGUUUCUGUAUACUCCACCUACAUAUGAACUGUCCAUCAAUCAGAGAUUAAGUCCAAAAUGUCCUAGUGAACUACCAGCCGCUGAUCUUUCAAGAAGUGACUUCUCUCUUCACUCUCUUCCUUUUAGGUCACCUACAAUUCAAGAGGUUGUCAUUUUUUGGAUAUUAAAUUUGUAAGCUGAAUAGCUGGGUCAAGAACCUGUCCGAUUUGUGAGUCUCUAU